AUGGCUAGAAGACAGCAAGCUCUCAGCAAUCAAGUGAAUGCUAGCACCACUGACUGCCAACCGCAAAUGAUCCCACAAACUGGGGUCAAGAUCAGUCUGUCCAUGGCGAGGGGUUUUAAUGUGGGUUGGCUGGUUAGCUGGAGCUUCCAAGUGGAGCACCUCGGAGAUGGUCAAGUCCGUCAUCUUCAGCAGCUCUUCGGAAGAGGAGCUGGGGACGUCGACCUCGUUCUCAGCCAAGACCGCCCCUGGAGGAGCGGACCGAGACACUGCCCGUGGAGGAGCGGACCGAGGGAGAAGCCAACUACCCGUGGAGUGGAGGAGGCAACAGCCACCGCGGAGAAGGCCAAGCAGGCGCCCACCAAGUCGGUGGAAACUCAGACGGAGGAGUCGUGUCUGGCCGGAGCUCGUCCCGAGCCCACCGCGGAGCCCAUGGAGACGUGGAGCUUGGUUUCAGAGCCACAGACCACGCCAGUAGCGCAGCAAGCCAGGCCGAGCGAGGAGGAUGGCAGCGACGGGGAAGAGAUGAAGGCCCUGCGGCGACUGGGACGGUCUGUUCAAGAGACCGUUGCAGGAAUGCAGCGGCAUUUCCAUGCUUGGAUUCUUUUGGUUUGCUGUUCCACCGCAGUGGUUUCGCCCUGCACAGCUUAUGCUUGGAUUCUUUUGGUUUGCUGUUUCACCGGAGCGUGCUUCGUGCUGCCACGAAGCUUGUAA